UGCUUGUGGCACUUGAGUAAAAAUGCAAACAGUAGGUUUGGUUUAUUGAAGUCUGAUAAAAAUUUCAAAAACGCAUUCUACAAGUGUUUAAGUGGGUGUAUAACACCAAAUGAUUUUGAAGAAACUUGGAAAUCUAUGAUCAACACUUUUAAGCUGGAAAAAGAUGAUUGGUUCAACAGAUUGUAUGGUCUUAAAGAAAAAUGGUGUACAGCUUUAAGUAAAGAUUUUUUUUUCUGCCGGUAUACUUUCUUCACAAAGGAGUGAAAGUACAAACCAUGCUGUUGGAUUUAAAGCAAAUAAAAGUACAACAUUAACAGAGUUCUAUAGUAUUUUUCAAGCUACAAUAAAUCGAUGGAGAAAAACCGAAGAAAAAGACGACUUUGACUGUACAAGGGGAAUACCUACUUCAGAGCUAAGUAUGAGUGCUAUAUUAAAACAGGCAGCAAAUGUAUACACGAUAACACUUUUCCGUGAUUUUGAAGAAGAGUUCAAGCUUUCUGUGGCAAGUAGUACAAUGUUCAAGGGAAGUGUUGGAAGAACAGUGUUUUUUGAAGUGUGGAUAGAAGGAAUAACAGGAUCAAGGCAAGAAGUUCAAUACAAAAUGGAAGAUUCAACCGUCACUUGCACAUGCAAAAACUUUGAAGAAUCUGGAUGGUUGUGCUUCCAUUGUUUGAGAAUAUUGCAUUUACAUUCAAUCAAUACAAUUCCAGAUCGUUACAUAACAACAAGAUGGACUAGAUAUGCAAAGAAACAGAUAUGGGAAAGGGUUGAUACAAUAAAAAGGGAGAAAGGUGAAAUCAACAAUUUUACUGGUUGGAGAUUACAUAUGAUCAGAAGAAAAUUUACCGAGGAGAAGUUUAAAACGAAUAAUAAAGCACUUGAUGAAAUCAUAAAAAAGGAAGAAGAAAGGAAGGCAAAAGAAGAAGCUGCAAAGAUAGCAGAACAAGAAAAGGCAAAAGCUGAAGCACAACGACAAACACAAGACGAAGAAUCAACUAAUUCUGAAAUAACAAUUGUGCUUGAUCCUGAUCGUGCUAAUACUAAAGGAAAGAUUUUGACAAUAUAG